CAUUAGAUGUUCGAACUGGGCCCAACGUUGACACUUGAGCAUUUGGUUUACGCGCCAGCCCAGCAUUUGCGGCGGCAACACUGCAACAAUGGCGAAGGUCCAAGUACUAAAUGUUGCUGUUCUUGAUAACCCAAGUCCUUUCGGAAACCCUUUCCAAUUUGAAAUAACAUUCGAGUGCAUGGAAGACCUGUCUGAAGACCUAGAAUGGAAAAUCAUCUAUGUGGGCUCAGCAGAGAGUGAAGAAUACGACCAGACCCUUGAUUCUGUUCUGGUUGGCCCAGUACCAGCAGGAAGACACAUGUUUGUGUUUCAAGCUGAUGCCCCAAACACUGGUCUGAUUCCAGAGAGUGAUGCUGUAGGUGUCACUGUCGCGCUUAUCACCUGCACAUAUCGUGGACAAGAGUUCAUUAGGAUCGGAUACUAUGUCAACAAUGAGUACACAGACCCUGAACUGCGUGAGAACCCUCCUGUCAAACCAGACUAUGCACAGCUGCAGAGAAAUAUCCUGGCUUCAAACCCACGUGUAACACGAUUCCAUAUCAAUUGGGAAGGAUGUGCUGAACGGAUGGAAGACUCUGAGAAUGUGGACCCUUCCCCCAAUUCCAUGCUGCCCCCUUCCUGUCUUCCAGGAAAGGCCCCACCCAUGGGCUUGCUUCCAGAAAACUCUAUGGACUGCUUAUAGAAACACUUAAACAAAGUUACAAACUGUUGUCUUCACCCUCGCCAACCCUUGUUCCGGAAUGGACCUUGGACAUUCAUAUGUGGUUGUCGACUGCCAGACAUGCAGCGUUUCCAUACAGCUGUCCAUUUUUGUCUGAGAUACACGAUUAACAACUGUUAACUAUAAUCCCCCCGCCGUGGACUUCAAGAAAGGAUUAUUGUGUAGAGUAAAACUGAAUAUCUCUACUGGACUAAUCAAUUGACCUGUAUUUUUCAAUUCAGUGUGUUUGUUAAGACAUGUUUGCUUUCUUAAGAGUUGUGAUUUGUGACGAUAAAAAGAUGAUUUCACACUGCUAGUAAAGCAUAGGUUGGGAAAUAAUCAGACAGUUAAGCUUAUCGUACUACACAGGCGCCUUUCGGCUCUGCCUCAGCCAUUAUAUUUCUCUUUCUAUUGCACUGGGUUAUAGUUUGCCAGCUAUCAAGUGUUGUAGAUGAUAUGUAUAUAUCUUUAUUUCAUGAUACAUUUCUUUUCUCAAAUAAAAUGUUUUUGUUUACAAAUAUUUGUACCUAUAGUGCAAAUAUUUAAGACUUGUUAAUACAUUAUCAGUGAACCAUCCAAUAGCUUGACUAUAGCUUGGUUUAUAAUGGAUUUGCUUUACAUGGACAAAUCCAAGUCAAGGAUUUCAUUCACAAAAAUCUAGUCUGGUAUGUCAGGUGCACUGAGAUCUUCCAAUAGGAGAGAGGGACUAAGAGAAAGCCCUGCUUCCUUGUUGCCAAGCAAUUUAAAAUUGUGUGUGCACUGCGUGAACUGGUCAUACUAUGAUGUGGUCAUACUGUGCUGUAGCAUACCGUCAAGUGAACCUUCCUUCUGUCACACAUUUCAGCAGUAUGUGGGCCUUCCUGUUCUGCACAUAUAUAGAUUGAGUCCGUUAAACCCUCAUCAUUUGACAAACUUUUUGAUAAUGGCAAGUUUCUUGCACCAUCUAAAAUUGAGAUUACAGACAUGUGAUUGGAGCAGCUACAUUUGCGGAAGAGGUCAGCCAUAUAUGUACCUACAAAAUGUGCAGUCAACAAGGUAACACUUGUAGACCAACUGCCAUUGCACUCGAUUAAAUACUUAGAGACGUUUAUCUACCGAACUGUAUCUACUAACUGUUUUUAUGAUUUGGGAUACACUUUUGAUAUUCUGAGAACGUAGGAUCUCCACGUGCUUUUAAGUUACUAAAAAUAGACAGGUUUGACGUCACAUAGCCAAUCACAGAUUUGUGGAGCAGGAGGGUUCGGCAAGAACAGUUUCUCUUCUAUUGAUUCUGUCCUUCAAUAAAUAACAUGUUUUGUGUGCAAA